CUGACAAAUUAACUUUGUAAAAAAUUAAGAUAAGAAGCGAGCGUGGCGACAACCGGAGAAAUCCCAUUCCAUUCCCCGGCAAAGGCAACCGCAUUAUUUGUGGUUGUGGACUUGUUGGGUUCGUCUUUACAUUUGUAUUUAAUUUUUAAUUUUGAAAUUUUAAUUCUUUUUUUUUUAGUUUGGCCACCAAUAUGUCUUGUUCUCCGGCCAUGACAUUGUCGGCGGCGAAUUCAUCUCCGAGAAUUGGCAGAAUCAGAAGAAGAAACGGCUUUAAUCGGCUAUUCUUCUUCUCAUCAUCAUCUUCUUCUUUAAUAAGGCCAUCUGUCAAGUUCAACUCAAUUCUGUUCAAAAUCCCAAGUGGGUCCCACUCCCUCAGCCGCAGUUCUUCAGUCCGACCUGUUUCCCCUGUCAUGGAGUGGCAGGACUGCACAGUUAAGAUGGAAAUAGACGUGCCUGUUUCAGUUGCCUAUGAUUGUUAUAACGAUCGUGAAGCCAUUCCUCGUUGGAUGCCCUUCAUUUCAUCUGUUAAGAUUUUGGAAGACAAGCCUGACCUAUCGAGGUGGUCUCUCAAGUAUAAAGCUUUUGGCCGCAAUAUUGAAUUCUCGUGGCUUGCUCGGAAUAUGCAGCCCAUUCCAAAUCAAAAAAUCCACUGGAGAUCUAUGGAGGGUCUUCCUAACAGAGGUGCUGUUCGGUUUUAUCCAAAGGGUCCUUCAUCGUGCAUAGUAGAACUAACAGUCUCUUAUGAAGUUCCUCAAAUCUUAACCCCGGUUGCAUCAGCACUACAACCAUUUCUUGAGAGCUUACUCCGACGCGGUUUAGAACGGUUUGCAACGUUUGUGAAAAGCUACAAGUAAGACCAACCUAUUUCUCUAUUGGGCAGCCAAUGACGUGCGAUUGAAAGAUCAUUGUCUGUUCAACUUGUGUGGAACUUUGCCCGAAAUUCAUAUGGUGUGAUCGGAUUGUUGUUGAUAUGGAGGCCUCACUGAUGCUGAGAAAUUGUUCUAUUCUUGCCCCCAUUUCAUGUUGGGUUGACAUUUCCGUAAACUUGUACAAAAAAGUUACAUCCAUUUUUAAAUGUAUUUUUAUAAGGUGCCAUGAAGAUGAAGUGGCCUGUUGUUUUUACCCUUUUUUAACAUAUGCU